AUGUCAGCCGUAGACCUCGCCGAUGCUAUUAUACGUGGAGCAACAGUGGCAAUAGUACAUUAUUCGGCAGAGGCUGCAUCACGGGAGCUGCCCUGGGACGGCUUUGGUGGCCUUGUACGAAUUUGCGACGAUGAAAACUUGCGCGAGCAGGGCGUCGUGCGCGCAGUUUCUCAGCAAUCCAACCCGGUCCAACGGCAAACGAGCAUCAAGUCACCGCCAACCGAAGCCAUCACAGCCGCACAGCUCGCUGCAGACAGGGACAGCGGCAUGCGGUCUGGCAGGAAACCCAUCUUCAUGGACGGGACCCGCUGCGCAGCUGGUAAACGCGACAGGUCCGCCUGCAACCCGAUCGCACCAAUCCCAAGGAACCUCACACAGCACAUCACCUCUUCCGGCCACCACAGCCCCACAACCCCGGGAUCACGAACUACCUUUACACGCCCCUGGAGCAUCCAGAGGACCAGCUGUGCCGGGGGAGGAACCAACGCCACAAGCAGCGGUAGCAGCAGCAGCCUUAUCAGACCCAAGUCCGGUUGGAGGUCUAGGGAGGGCGCAGGCCAGUGCGGGCCCACGGCGUGUUCCCUCCUGGGUGCGGGAGACAGCUUGAAGAGUAACAUUAGUAGCAGCAGCGGCAGCGGGCCGUCAAGCGCAGGUGCAGCGCCCAAAGGGGAGUCGGGUCUGUGCCGGAUAUGCCUCGAGGAGGACUCCCUCAACAACCUCGAGCAACCUUGCGCCUGCGCGGGAACGCAGAAGUAUGCGCACCACGAGUGCAUCCAGCGCUGGGUGAACGAGAAGGGCAACCUGCGCUGCGAGAUCUGUGACCAGCAAUACCGGGGAAACUUUUCAGUGCCGCCGCAGGGUGCUGCUGGCGCGGACGAUCCCGGCAAUAUGUUUUCUUCGAUGUUUGCCAUCCGCAUGGAUCACGCUGGCGAGCCAUUGGGCGGCCACCACAACAGGCCUGCACUGGACUUCCUUGACGAGUCCGACCACUACUACCAACGUAACCCGUUGGCGUCCUGGUGCUUCACAUUCGUGAUCUUCGUCAUGUUCCUGGUUGUGUUGCAUCACACCAUGAUAGUUGCGGAUGGCAUGGACGGCACUGGCCCCUCCCAAAGCAGCGGUGAUGAUACUGACGACUACGCCACCUCUCUGACCCUCUUUUUGUUUUGGAUUGGAACCAAGGCUUUCCUAAUUGGUAUUCCUCUGUACACGGUUAUGAGGAUUGCCGCCCGCCAAGCGAGGCGGGAGCAGUACGAGGCCAUGCUGCGCUCGACUGCGUUUGAAGCUCCGGCUCGACGCUACGUGUGGCGAAUGCAGCUCAGGGACCAGGAGCGGGGGCAUGGCCAUCUACCCGUUUAAUUGGUCGCAGCAGUCGCAGCGCGGUUUCAGCAGCUGAUUCAGAGCAGGUUUUAAGGUGCUCCAGGUUUUCUGCAGUCUGCGUGGUUUCGGGCUUCUUGUCGGGAUUUGGUACCGCGGGAAGAGGUGUGUCGUAUUAGUUGAUAGCAGUUGAUUGGCUGUCAGCCAUGUGCGUGCUAAUGGCGUCUGUUUCGUAAUUGCCUGUACAGUAUAGGACUGCCACACAGCGAGCAUUGUGUUUAAUAUCUUGUAUGUAUAAUCUGUGCUCGGUUGUCCCACAGCAUUAGGAAGUCGGUCUAAUUGCUUGCACGGCUUCUGGGCUAGGUGGUAAGUACCGAAGUUGGGGCCUGUGCACGAUGGUGCUGAGCAGGCAAAGACAAGUCUUAAGCAUUGUUGCGAGCUUUGAGGAUUAUGCAUGAUGUCCUUUGGAUAUGCUUGGUCGCUGAAUUUGAGCUUAGACCAGUUUGACAUGUGGUUCAGAUGAUAGGUUUGGCACCAUUUAAGAGGUGAAACACGAGAUAAUCUCAUCCCCCCAAUAAAGGAAAACACCCAUGUCCACCACCCACCGAAAUGAUCAGACCUAGCAUCUCCGCUCCAUUGUGGCCCCUAUGCAACUCAAUCCCUUGUAACAUGCAAGCGCGCC